AAGAAUAUCCUUCAAAAUAUAACUCUUCCUACAGCCAUCCACCCGUUCCUAUCUCCUCCAUUUCUCAAACUGAUACUGUCCCAAAAACUCAAAGCCAUGUUUGAAGAAUCUGUAACAUCUAUACCCUCAAUCUGGGCAUCCAUGAACAGUUGGUUCACUCCAACUGUUCUUUUUCUCUUCCUCAAUCUCAUGAUUGGCACCAUUUAUGUCACUUCCAGCUUAGCCACCCAAAAACCACACCAAGAAGACAAACAACUACAAGCACACCACCACCAAAUCGCUAGAUCUCCUUCUGUUCUUCAAAGGCUCAAAUCCAUCAACUUUCACAGUUAUAGAUCCCCUGAACCCACUACUGUAACACUUGAGAAAACUCACCAAUUUGAUAAUAGUAGUAAUACCCCUUUCAGUUUCCAGCAAUCUCCGCUAGAAGAAUACCAUCAAAACCAACCCUUUCUCUCUAGAUCUCCUUCUAUGCUUCAAAGAAUCAAGUCCAUUAAUCUUUACAAUUACUUCUCUCAAGAACUACCCAAUAACCAAGAAACACACACCUCUGCUACAACUGCUAUUACUACUACCAUUACCCAUUUCACUCCACAUCAAGAUUUACAACAAGAACAAGAACAGCUUCAAGAACAACAAGUGGAGGAAAAAGAAGAAGAAUUAGAAGAAAGUGAAGAUAAAAUACAAGACCAAGAACAGACACUCGAUGAGAUAUACAGCAAGUUAAAGAAUAAUAGUAAAGUGAGCAGGUCUAAAUCAGACACAAAUCCAACAUCUGGUGAAGUACCCAAAAAGCUUUCAAAGAAAAUGAAGAAAUCAGCUAGUGCCAAGUCUGCUUUUGCCCAUUUUGAAGAAGACGAUGACAUUGUGGAGUCUCGCAGGCCAGCCACUGUGAGGGAAGGGAAGAGUGGUCAUAAAAUGACAGAGGUGGAUGACGCUGAAGUGGAUGCUAAAGCUGAUGACUUCAUCAACAGGUUUAAGCAGCAGCUGAAGUUGCAAAGGAUUGAUUCUAUUAUCAGGUACAAGGAGAAGGUUAACAGGGAGUAAUGGAAACUAAUUAAAGCUGCCUUCUUUUAAAUUUAGUUUUCUUGAUUUAAAAUUAUUUUUAAUUUUCAUUUUGGCAAAUUUGGUUCAAAAAUUUUAGGGUUUUUAUUGAAUAUAUUUUAUUGAGGUAGAUCCACUUCAUGGAAAACCUGAAAAAAAGAAGAAGAAGAAGAAAACAUUGCUGUUGUGCUUGUGUAUGGUUAACUAUUAAUUUGUCCAAAUAUGCUCUUAUUAUUUGGUUAUUAAAAGAAAAUUCCAUUUCUUUUCUAAAUA